UGGGUCUAUUACUUGUGUUCUAAAACUUUUAUGGCAGCUCAGUUCUCACCUCUUGGUCCUUGGAUAACUUAAUUCUUUUGCAACAAUGGAUAUUAGCAAAAAUCCAUGGUGGUUCAUACAGUCUGUGCUCUUUAUGUGUUUCUCUCUCUGGCUACAUUUCUCCCUUGGAGCUGAUAGAAUCUCUGCAAAUCAAUCUCUCUCUGGUGACCACACCAUUGUCUCUGCUGGAGGAGUCUUUGCACUGGGUUUCUUCAAGCCAGGUAAGUCUUCAAAUUACUAUGUAGGCAUGUGGUACAAAAAAGUGUCUAGACAGACCACAGUUUGGGUGGCAAAUAGAGAGAAACCAGUAACUGAUAAAUAUUCUUCAGAAUUAAGAAUAUCAUUGGGUAACUUAGUUCUCUUUGAUGGGUCUAAAAUCCCUGUUUGGUCAACAAAUUUGAGCACUGCUGCUUCAAAUUCUAUGGAAGCAGUACUUCUCGAUGAAGGAAAUCUUGUUUUGAGAGAUGGGUCUAGUUCGUCGGAGCCAUUAUGGCAGAGUUUUGAUCAUCCCACUGAUACAUGGCUACCUGGUGUUAAGAUUAGAUUGAGCAAAGUUACUGGAGAGUAUACCCGUCUCGUUUCAUGGAAAAACAUAGAAGAUCCUGCACCAGGCCCCUUCUCUUUACAACUAGACCUAAAUGAAACCAGUCGAUUUAUCGCCCUUUUCAAUAUGUCUAGACAGUACUGGAAGAGCGGGCGCUGGAACGGAGAACUUUUCGACGUAGAUCCAGAAAUGGGAAUGAAAUAUAUAGAUAACAUCACUUGUGUUGACAAUGACAAAGAGAGCUAUAUCACCUAUUCUCUAUACAACUCUUCCAUCUUUUCUCGAUUUGUGAUGGAUGUUGGAGGGCAGAUUCAGCAAACUUCAUGGUUAGAGCCUGCUGGCCAAUGGAGUUUGUUUUGGGAACAACCAAGUUGGCCAUGUCAGGUGUAUGCUCGCUGUGGGGCGUUUGGGGUCUGCACAAUGAUAUUCGUGCCUCCCUGUCAUUGUUUGGCAGGUUUUGUUCCCAAUUUCGCAGAUGAAUGGAAGUCAGAGGUAUAUUCUGGCGGGUGCAAGAGGAAUGCAACUCUGCACCGUGGGUAUUCUAGUCUUGUUAAUUGCAAAAGUGAUCAUUUUUUGGAAAGUUACAACAUUUUAUUGCCUGCAGAUCCACAACCACUGGAUGUUGGGAGUGCUCAAGAAUGCAAAUCAAACUGCUUGAAUAAUUGUUAUUGUACUGCUUAUGCUUUUGACAACACCCAGUGUUCAAUUUGGUUUGGAGAUCUCGUGUUUUUACAGCAGCUUGCAGAUUUUGACUUCACUGGAAGUACUCUUUAUGUCAGGAUUGCAGCUUCUGAGUUUUCAAGUUCUAAGAAUAGCAAGGGAAUAGUCUGGGGUGUUGUUGCCAGCUUUGGGGUGACAGCAGUGGCUCUCAUCCGCAUUGUUCUGUUUGUAAUUUUCAGGAGGAGAAACAGAGCAAUCAAAGCAGGGAAAACAGAGGAGGGCUUAUUGAAGGCUUUUGGGUAUAGAUACUUGAAAAAAGCAACAAAUAAUUUCUCAGAAAAACUGGGCGAAGGAGGUUUUGGUUCUGUUUUUAAAGGAACAUUGCCUGAUUCAAGCGUCAUAGCGGUGAAGAAGAUCGAAAGAAUCAGCCAAGGAGAUAAGGAAUUCCGCAUGGAAGUCAGCACACUAGGAAUAAUUCAACAUGUCAAUCUUGUUCGCCUUCGUGGGUUUUGCUCUGAAGGCACCAGAAAGUUGUUGGUCUAUGACUACAUGCCAAAUGGUUCUCUUGAUUCCUGUCUUUUCGAGGGAAGGGAUUCUAUCAUUUUAAACUGGAAAACAAGGUACAAUAUAGCAUUGGGAACAGCUAAAGGGUUGGCUUAUCUCCACGAGGAAUGCAGGGACUGCAUUGUGCACUGCGACAUAAAGCCAGAAAACAUCCUUUUAGACAAUGGAUUUUGUCCGAAAUUGGCAGAUUUCGGUGUGGCAAAGCUUUUUGGGCGGGAUUUUAGCAGGGUCCUAACACCCAUGAGAGGGACAAUAGGCUAUCUUGCACCUAGUCUUGCACCAGAGUGGAUUUCAGGGGAAGCCGUGACAGCAAAAGCCGACGUUUAUAGCUACGGGAUGGUGCUUUUGGAGCUUGUAUCAGGAAGGAGAAACUCUGAGCAAUCUAAAAAUGGAAAAACGAAAUACUUCCCAAUUCGAGUUGCCAGAUUAAUAAACGAAAAUGGCGAUGUGCUUAGCCUAGUAGACCCAUUUUUGCAGGGAAAUGCUAAUGUGGACGAGCUUACAAGAGUGUGUAAAGUAGCUUGCUGGUGCAUCCAAGAUGAUAUAACACAAAGGCCAUCAAUGGGUGAGAUAGUUUAUAUUCUUCAAGGGGUUUUGGACGUGAACCUGCCUCCAAUUCCAAGAUCACUUGAGCAGCUUAGCUGGAGGCCUGAAGGGGGUAUGCUGAGUUCAUGAUUACUUAUAGUUGAAUAUAAAUAAAUAAUCAGAUCAAAUGUGAAAGUUUAAGGUCAUUGUACCA